AUGCCCGGACGCCAAUCACACGGGAGGCCGCUCCUGGCAGCGGCUAAGACCAAAAAUAUCAAAAGAUCAAAGUCUCGGUCGCAAAAGAGCGCGCUGAAUGCCUUCAAUACAGCAUCGGAGCAGUACCCCACCAGAAUAAAAAAGACGCCGCGUGUGCGCGAGCUCGAUGCCGAAAUUGAGCGAAAGCAUGGCCGCGAUGAUGAAGACGAUGACGACGGCGACGACGAUGAGGAGCCUACGAGGAAAAAGACAAAGCGACCAGCUCGUGCUCAGAAUACCGACGCCGAAUUUGGAAGCGAUAGCGAAGGAAAUGAGUGGCAGCUCGGCGGCAUGGCCGAAGAUGACGAAGAUUCUGAAAUUGAUAGUGACGACGCUUUUGGCGAUAGCGAUAACGAAAAAUUCGAGGAGUACCAGUUUCGUGGUAGCAAAUCAAAGUCAAAGGAUGAGGACUCUGAUAGUGACGACUCAAACGAUGACGAAGGAGAGACCCUUGGAGCCGAGGCUAUUGAUCUGGCGACUGCUCUAGACCAAUUCGAAGAAGACUCUGACGAAGAAGAAGGCAGUCAGGACGGCUCCGACGAUGAAGAUGAGGACGAGAAUGGCUCCGACGAUGACGAUGACGAUGACGACAGUGAAUAUGAGGACGCAGAAGAAGCUGAUCCCGAGAAGUUGGACGCUCUGCAAGGCCUCAUUUCCGGUUUCGGUGGAGAGGAAGACGAUGCCGCCGAAAAGCCGUCUUCCAAGCAAAAGAUCAGCUUUGGCGAUCUCGGUCUUGCAGGCCUCAACGAUCCAUUGAUGCGAAAGUCUGUCAAACUCAUGAAUAAGGAAGAAAAGGAAAAGCGGCCGGGCGCUUCCAAAAAGCUCGACGUGCCGCUUUCCCGACGAGAGCAGGGUCGCCUAGACCGCAGCGCCGCCUACGAAACAACCAACAAGACGCUUGACCGCUGGACAGAGACUGUCAAGGCGAAUCGUCGUGCUGAGCACUUGGUGUUUCCCCUGCCCGAAAAUGCCGCGGACGCUGGUGUCGACCGCACAGAGCUCCAGCCGCUGUCGACGGCCAAGCCCGCCAACGAGCUCGAAUCCACAAUCAUGUCCAUCAUGGAGCAAAGCGGGCUCAGCAUGGCGAAGCCUGAGAAGCCAAAAAAGGUCGAGUACGACGAAGAGGGCAACGAGCUGUCGAAGCGGGAAAUCGUCAACCGCCGACGUCUGGAGCGCGAGCUCAACUCGCGCGAAACCAAGCGCGCCGCGCGUGUCAAGAAGAUCAAGAGCAAGGCAUACCACCGCGUGCACCGCAGGGAGCGAGAGCGCGAUGAGCUCGCGACCAAGGAGGCCAUGGAGGAGGCCGGCGAGCUGGACUCGGACGCGGAGCGCGAGGCGCAGGACCGCCGCCGCGCCCUGGAGCGAGUCGGUCAGCGCCACAAGGACAGCAAGUGGGCCAAGCUCGGCAACAAGACGAAGCGUGCCGUCUGGGACGACGACUUCCGCACGGGUCUGACGGAGAUGGCGCGACGAGACGAGGAGCUGAGGCGUCGCAAGGAGGGUAAGCGCGGCGGCGGGGCGGACGACGACUCGGAUGCGACGAGCAGCUCAGGCAGCGACAGCGACGACGAUGACGAGAAGUUGCGCCGGCAACUGUCGGAGCUGGAGCAAGACGAUGGCGAGCCGCAGUCGAAGCUCAUGUCGAUGAAGUUUAUGCAAAAGGCGGAGGCGGCGCGCAAACAGGAAAACGAUCAGCUGAUCAAGGAUAUCCGAAAAGAGCUCGACGGCGAAGAGGCAAGCGACGACGACGCCAACAACGAGGAAGCUGUCGGCGAGGUCGGCCGCAGGUCGUACGGCGAUCCCAGCACCAAGAUGAAGCCCGUUGCCAUUGACCUCUCCAAAAAGACCAGCAAAAAGUCGCGCGCGCCGCCAACGCAAGAGGACGAUGAGGACGUCGUCAUCACCACGUUCAGCGGCGCCCAAUCCGCCAAUUCUGCGUGGGCUGCUCCCGCCGAGCCUACCACGUCCACGACGGCGGGCGCCUGGUCGCGCGGCGAGCCGCGUCGCAAAUCCAAGAGCGCCCGCGCCGAAGACCUCAACCUCAACGCACACAUUGCCGUAGCCCGACAACCCAAGUCCAAGUCCAAGCCCUCUUCCUCCUUGACCGACGUCGUCGCCAAACGCACCACUAGCGCCACCGCCACCACCGCCACCACUGCCGCCGCCGCCGCCGCCGCCGCCGAUUCCGAAGACGAAUCCGACGACUCUGAGCAGCACCUCCCCAUGGCCAUCCGCGACCAAGCGCUCGUCGCACGCGCCUUUGCCGGCGAAGACGUCGUCGGCGAGUUUGAGCGCGAAAAGGCAGCCAUCGCCGCCGACGACGACGACAAGGUCAUCGACAACACGCUGCCCGGCUGGGGCGCCUGGGUCGGCGAGGGCGUCAGCAAGCGGGAGCUGAAGCGCAACGCGGGGCGCUUCCUGACCAAAGUCGAGGGCGUCAAGCCAAAGAAUCGCAAAGACGCCAAGCUGGCCAAGGUGAUUGUAAACGAGAAGCGCAUGAAAAAGAACAACUUAUACAUGGCCUCGCAGCUACCGCAUCCUUUCGAGACGAGGGAGCAGUACGAGCGCUCGCUAAGGAUGCCGGUCGGGCCCGAGUGGAUGACGAGGGAGACGUUCCAGGCGAAUACCAAGCCGAGGGUGCUGGUGAAGCAGGGCAUCAUCACGCCCAUGUCGAAGCCGACGAGGUGA